GAUGCCCAUUGGUCCAGGAGAGUAGGUUAAACUGAGAAUCGUAUUUUUGUUCCUGUGUCAAAGAAAAGAAGAAAAGAGCAGUUGAUAACCCUAGUUAAGUUUUCAUCAAAGACACUUUGUAAAAGGUUAUUGUAAAAUUUUAUACAUAUCUGACGCCGGAUAGACACCCACACGACUAAGCUAAAACCCUUUCGAAGACAUGAACUCCAAUGUGGAGAAUUUGCCGCCUCAGGUCCUUCGCUUGGUAUACAAAGAGGUCUCAGCUUUAGCAGCAGACCCUCCCGAGGGCAUCAAGAUUUAUCCCAGUGAUGAAGAUAUCACUGAACUGCACACAGCCAUCGAAGGACCGGAGGGAACUCCAUUUGCUGGUGGCAUUUUCCGAAUGCGUCUGGUCCUCGGGAAGGACUUCCCUGCUGUUCCACCCAAGGGGUAUUUCCUGACCAAGAUUUUUCACCCCAACGUGGGUCACAAGGGAGAGAUUUGUGUCAAUGUGCUGAAGAGAGACUGGAAGGCAGAGCUCGGCCUCAGACAUGUCUUACUUACAAUCAAGUGUCUUCUCAUUCAUCCGAAUCCUGAGUCAGCUUUGAAUGAAGAGGCUGGGCGCUUGCUGCUGGAGGACUAUGCAGAGUAUGCCUCCCGUGCUCGUCUGCUCACAGAAAUCCACGCCAUGGGAGGACCCGGUGGGACCUCCGGGGCUCCUCAGGACCCUAACGAUGGUCCACAGCCUAAGAAGCAUGCAGGUGACCCGACUAAGAGAGCGGGAACAGGUGCAGCAGCCGUGGCAGCAGCUCUUGGUAACGGAGCUAAUGGAGCCAGUACCGCCACCACCACCAGCAAUAGCAGCAGCAGUAGUAGCACUAGUAACGUAGUAGGGAAAAAGAAAGCAGAUAAAAAGCGCGCAUUGAGGCGACUCUAAUACCUCAGCUAAAUUCUCAACGUGUGUGUGGGUGUAUGUGUGCGCGAGAGUGUGUGUGUGUGUGUGUGUGUAAAUAUAAAUAUUGAAGUGUGCAGACAAUGUUUUUGUUUGUUUUUUCUGACUCUUUCUACCACCGCCCCAGACUGUCCAUUUUGUACUCAUUAUGUCUUACUCUUUUGCCAACACAAUUGGCUAUUCCUGUUGGCGCUUCAGAUGUAUUUAUUAUUUCCAUACCUAAGGACAUGCUCAAAAAAUGUGUUCCUUUUUUAAAAGAAAGAAGAAAGCUUGUUCACUGCACAUAUACCACCCUGAGUUGUAUUUCAUGUUUUUCCUCGAGCCUGUUCUGGAUGAAUGACACCUGGUUAUGGGCUUCAUAUGCUAAACACAGCAUUUAAUGUCUGUCCAUUAAUGAGCCAUAACUGUAUUAUUGUCUCAGCUAAGCUGUAAGCUUGAUGUCAAAUCUUUCUAAACUUCACCAUGACAUGCUGCUGAGGUGGUACUGUGUACUGCUCAGUCAGGCUCACAGUGAGGAAAUCUGAGCUUAAACCAGGAUGUUGUCUCCUCUGACUGGAUUUAAGCCACUUCAGUCAAAAUCAGGUUUUCAAGUAAUAAUGUCAGGAGUUGGUAAAGGAUUAUGCAUUUGGAUGGGUUCAUUAGUAUGAGAAAUGAUAUUUUGUUAAUGUCACAAUAGUAACAUCUUUGUAGUUAGUAUUUUUCAUAUACAAUUGUGAACUGAAGGAUGGAAAAGGUAUGGAGGGAAUUAGCAGUGGGGUAUUGGAUGUCUUUCAGUGUUUCUUGAUGGAGCCCCAACCUUUUUAUUUUAUUACUUUUUUUUUUUUUUUUUUUUUUCAUUUUUCUACAAUUGUUUCACUGUCCAGUAUUUUCAAAAGUGGUUUUUAAUUUGACAUGUCUACAUUCUGUCUUGUGUGUGUGAAGAUCUAGAUCAGUGGCUGUAAGGGAACAGGGUAGGUUGCCAAGAGUGUGCUUCAUAAAGAAUGAUUCAAUUAUUUUAUUACUAUUAUCAUUAUUAUUAAGCAUACAGUAAUGUGACUAGCUUAAACUACCCCAGCUUCCCUACAAAGCAGUGUGUGCUCUCGACUACCCAGUUCUACCAGCCCUGUGAGUACCAGAGAAGACGCAGUUAGGAAGACUUCCACAUGUUUGAUAGAAUUUUGUCUCUCCACGUGUUGCACUGUUAUGGCAAGAGUUUACCGGGCAGUUUUUUCCUCAGUUUUAAAUGGAUGUGGUCCCUACACUUCCCAACGAAACCCUCCGAAGCGCUGGCUUACUUGGAUGGAAAAAGGUGCCUCUGAAACUCAUGUCAUUGUGCAGGCUGUUGGAUUGGUAUUUUGUGUCCAUUUUAAAUUAUUUAAAUUAAUAAAAAAAUAAAAAAUUAAAUACCAGAGGAGA